AUGCUUUAAUUAGGUUCGGAUUUCACUUUUUGGUUAGGAACCUUUAAAUAAGGGCAAUAUGUUUAAGAAGUUAUUGGAUCAUUUUCUACUGCAGAAGAUUUUUGGGCAUAUUAUUAACAUAUUGUUCGACCAGAAUAAUAGCCAGAGGGCAAUUAAAUAUUUUUAUUCAAAAAGAACAUCACACCUGUUUGGGAAGACCCAUAGAAUAAAUUUGGAGGGAGAUUCAUCUUCAAAGUCAGAAAAAGUCUUGGUAAUUAAAUUCUUGAGGAAUUGUUGCUGUCAUUUGUUGGGGCAGAUUGUGAUUAUGAUGAAUUUAUAAACGGGAUUGUUUGCCAUACAAAGAAAGGAUUCAUUUAAAUGGCUUUGUGGGUGAAGGACAUCAAACAUAACAUGGAUGCUUUUACUACUAUUGAGAAAUGGUUGAAGGAUUCCAUACUCCAAUUAAAAGAAGAUAGAGACAUUGAAUUCGCAUUCCAUCCUCUGACCUGA